AUGUCGGGAGGUCGUGAGGACAGUAUACGUCUGUCGGGCUGUGUGGAGGUGUGUGUGUUUGUUCAUGUUUCAGGUGGAGGUGUAUGUUCCCAUCAGCUGAGUGUGUGUCUGGUGAAGAGGAUCCAGGAGAAGGUGUGUGUCACACACACUUUACCUAUCAGCUACAGGCUGGUGUCUGUCUCAGAGCUGACCUCACGGCAGCACCUGGCCUGUGUCAGCAACCUGUCCUGGAGCACCAAUCAGCAGCGAGCAUGGGCAAAAGAGGCGGAGCUAUCUCUGCCGGGUUACCGUGCUCUGCCGCGGGUCAGCCUGCUCCUGAUUGGCUGUCUGAGAGAGGGGCGGGACGGAGAGUGGAGGCUGACGGAUGCCAGCGGCAGCGUCAGGUGUGAGUGCCUGUCUCCCUCUCCUCAGUGGCAGAAUCGUCCUGUCUUCCUCCCUCACUGGAACUACAUCCCCCACAAUGCCUCGGGGCAGGAACAGGAAGCCGGAGGCUACGUGGAGCUGAUUGGUUCUCCUGUUCUGCUGUGUCCUGGUCCUGAGCCGGGAUUGGCUGACAGUCCUGGAGGAGGGGCGGGGCUUAGUAGAGCCGUCGUAGUCAGAGAGGCUGCUCGUUUACUGCUCAACAGGACUCGUGGACAGCGUGUGUCUGUCUGUGGACUUGUGGGUUCAGUGUGCCCUCUGCUGGUCGUGUCAGGAACAACGUUCUUCUGCUUCUCGCUGACUGACGGCUCUCACAGGUUACCUGUGCUCGUCAAGGACAGCAGCAGGUUGUGGUGGUCUCAGUGUGUGUGUGUUGGUCAGAGUGUGUCUGUGACGGCGUUGCGUGUGUGUGUUCUGCGAGGCUGGAGAGGAAACAACAUCCUGUGUGUGACCGAGCGCUCUGAAAUACACCCUGACUACACACACACUCACUACACACACACUGACUCGCAGUCGGACACACCCACACCGCUGAUGAUGUCACACGUUGAUGAGUGCGAGUGUGAGGAGGCGGAGCCUGAGCAAGACACCGUCCAAUCGGCUCUUAGGAUGAAACGCUCCCAAGUCAUCAGUUACCAGGGCACUGUGACCGAGGUGGUGAGUGAGGGGGCGGGGCUGUACGUGAUUGACAGGAAGGUGGGACUGUGCCUGGCCUAUCAGCCGACUCUGAGGAGGACAAUGAGAGCAGGAGACUCUGUGGAGCUCCAUCACGUCCACUUCCUGUACCGUCCCUGUCCUGACUUUUCUCCCAGCAUGCUCUGCACCUGUCUGCGCUCCAGCAUCAGGGUCACCGCCUUCAGCAGGGUGGAGCGGUCCUCACCUGACUCCAGCUGCCCCGGUGAUGGAGUGUUACCACGGUUACUGCUGGAGAAGAACUUGGGUGUGUCUGAGUACCUGUGGACCUGUCACCUGAGCUCCCAGCUCGCCAACAGUCUGGUUCCCAGUGUGUUGAAGCAGCAGUGUGUAUGUGUGUUGUCCUGGACAUUGAUGGAACGUGUGUGGAAAGGACGAGGAGGACAGAGAGGAUGGAGGGACAUCUAUUCAGAGAUGUUGGACGAGCCUCACACCUGUCCUCUGACACAGUACAGUGUUGACUCUACAGUCCAUCAGUACAUCAGUGUAUCAGACCUCACUCAGUCUCUGCAGUCAGACUGCUGGUCUUCGGUCUCUCUGACCUCUCUGUUGCCUCCUGGUGGAUCCAGUCUGACCAGAUCUCAAAUCAAUGCUGCACUGGCCUGGUCCUGCAGGACUGUCACGUCUGACCCCCAGAACAACCACCAGACUGGAGACAGACUCAGGCAGCGCCCCCUGCUGCUGGUUGGCGUGUUGGAGCUUCCAUCACAGACGUCUGAACAAACUCUGCAGCUGAGAGACGGCACCGGAGCCGUGGCCUGUGUUGUCACGGAAACCAGCGAGGGGGAGGAGGGAGGUCAGAGGGCGGCCUUCAACACCGCCUGGAUCGGUUGUCUGGUGUGUGUCCAGCAGUUCACCAUGGUAACAGAGAGAUUCAUCCAAUCAGAUUUCCCCUCGUACCAACACCUGGACCAGGACAAGUACAUCACACACAAACACUGCAGAGUCUACCUGCAGUUUUCUCUGGACCACCUCCACAUCCUGAGUCCAUCUGUUGCCAUGGUUACACACCUGCGGCAGAAGAGGGAGGAGUCAGCAGGUGGUGCCACAGGUUCAAAACGGACGUUGGAAGAAGUGGAAACUGAGGGAGGUCAGACUGCAGGGAAGAAGAGAAGAAGAGAGGAAGGACCAGACUCCUCCCACUCUGACUCCUCUGUUGCCAUGACCACCGGCACUGUGGGUGGCGACUCCCGGCCCUGUGUCUCCAUGGUGAUAAGGGUGGAGAAGAAAGAGGGCGUGGCCUGGAGGAACACUGGGGCAUGGUUAAAUGAAGGCGAGGCGGGGCUGACACUGUGCUUCUCUGUAAGAGCUGCUGUGAUUGGUCCGGUGGUCAGCUGGGGGCGGGACCCAAAGAACAGACCAAUGACAGAGAGAGAGACGGAGACCGAGAGAGAGGACAAGGUGGUCCUGGUGUUCUCAGGUGUGUCGGCUCGCUGGUCUCCUCUCCUCCAUCCUGGAUCUUUCUACAGACUCAUCACUGCCGACACACAGGAUCCCACUAAUUUGAUUGGCUGUGGUGUUUCUGGGCAGGGUGGGGUGGAGCUCCACACUGUCUCCACCCUUCAGGUCCGACCUGAUUGGAGGUUCCACACUUUGACACGCCCACUGCUACUGCACACCUACAGACAGGCUCUCUCACCAACACUCCUGUCUGUCUCUGAACUCUGGGACUGCAGGUCAGAGUUGGUGUGUUUUCAGGCUCUGGUGUCUGACAGGAUCAAUCUGAACGACAGGACGAGUGAUUCUACAGGCGCACACACAGGUGUGCGGCUCACAGUGUGUGACCAAACUGGGAGAAGUCUUCAGGUGUACCUGGACUUGAGUCACACCCCCUACCCACCUGGCCUGUUGCCAGGCAACACACUGCUGCUGUCUGAUUUCCAGAGGAGGCUGUCCAGGACAGGAAGUGUGUACUGCAGUUAUUUACCUGUCAGCUCCAUAACUGUCAUCUCACUUGGAGAUACGAGUGCUGUUCGGCCUCCUGCUCCCAUGAUGCAUCUGGGUCUGUGGGCAGUGAGCAGGGAGCAGAGGUGCAUUGUGGGUCAGGUCAAAGGUCAUGUGGUGUGUUUCCUGUUCCUGCAACUGCAGUGGAGCUGCUCGCUGUGUGGGAGUCUCUACAUGCAGUCUUGUUCCAGUCUUCAGUGUCGUUCGACCUCGUCAGUCUUUCAGUCCAAAGCAAAGCUGGUGAUUGACGAUGGGACAGGUGAGGCUCACGUCUGGUUUGCAGGUGCUCUGGUUCGUCCUCUGCUGGGAUUGGCUGAUUCUCAGUGGGAGGGGCUUCAGAGAGCGCUCAGGGUCAGAGGUCACAUCAGGGCCUACCCCGGGGGGCGGAGCCUGGUGUGUGACUCUGAUGACUCCCUCCUCCACUUCCUGUUGUGUGUGUGCAGCAGUGACGUUGUUUGUCGUCAGCUCUCUCUCACCUGCAGGAAACACAACAACCCGAGAUCAGAAGAGAUGAAGAGGUUCAGUCGAGGAGAACGAGACUUCAUGACCAGGAUGACGCGUCCUCUACAGCUCACCUGUCUGCACAUCAACACUGACUGACCUCACCUGGACACAGACAGGAAGUCAGCUACAGGAAGAGGUGGAGCCAGCUCACCUGCACUUCAGUUUCCUGUUUACAGAACAAAUGUUUCAAACGUUGUUUAAAUUAUUAAACCUUCAUUUGUUUCUCCUCA